AUGUCCCUCUAUCCCACAGGGAGGAAAUUGUUUGCUGGAGCCACAAAGGUUAUUUCCAAGCCCCAUAAGACCAAUAUUGUUCACACAGGAUAUUUGGGGGGCAAACUGUGAAGCUGUCCCUCGCUGUCACCUUCUGCCACCAGCAGCUGGAAGAGCCUCCUGGCUGCAGUUGGCUUUGGGUUCUUGGCCAAAGUGACCAACCAGAUGGGCACCGUGGUGGUGCCACCUCCUCAAACCCUGAGCAGAGCCUGAAGGACCACCUGGGGGAACCAAAACCUUUCUGUGUGAACCACCAGCCCCUUCUGCUGACCUGUGGACGGGUCAAGUUCACCCUCUGCCUGUUUUCCUUCCCAGGAGGAUGUUUAACAGCAGGAAAAGGGAUGUUUUAUAGGGCAAUUCUUCAAGGUGAAAAAACCAUGUUUUUAAUUCGGCUGUUCUUCAUUGAUAGAGCUGCCUCUCAUCCUUUUGCUGGUGGAUUUUGAGCUCAAUCCUUAAUGGAUUGAAAUGGAGGUUUAUUAGGGUAAAUGUAGCUUACGUAGCCUGUUAAUAUUCGGAGUUUUGGGGUUUGUUGUUUUUUUUUUUUGUAGCACAGGGUCUGUAAAGAAGGCUCCGGGCCGGGCUGCGAGCCCUUGUGCCGCCGCAGGGCCCCUUUUGUCGCCGGAUCCUUUCCAGCAGCCGGUGCCUUCACCCGGUUCCUCAUCCCCCGGCACCGGGGGGAGCCCGGACGGGGGUUGUCCCUUCGGGGGCGGUCCCGGUCCCGCCCCGGAAAGCGAUGGCGGCGGCGAUGGCGGCGUCGGGGAUGAUGCUGCUGCUGCUGCGGCGGGGGCGGCCGCCGCCACCGGGGCUGGGACCGGCACCGCGCCGGUACCGCUACAAGGAGAAGUGGGCUGCCACGGCCCCCCGCAUCCCGCCCACGCGGCUGGCCCUGCACCACUUCGACGUGAACUACAGCCUGCAGCUGAAGGACCAGUGGCCCUCGGUCCGUGCUGGCCUCCUCUGCGAGCAGAAGUAUGGUGCUCUCCUCAACAACUUCUCUGCUGCCCACCAUGUCGCCCAAGAGCUGGAGCUGCUCAAUGCCACCAAUUUUGUUUCCGAAGCCCCCAAAAAGGCGGAAAGCGUGUCCCAGGAGGGGUCCGGCGAGGGCAGGAUGGUCACGCAGGCAGAGAUGAUGACGCAGGCAGAGAUGUCACCACCACUUCGUGCCUCCAUCACCUCCAACAUCAAGUGCUACACCUUCCCCAGGGGCGACAUCACGCGCUUUCGCCCGGCACGGCCGGACACCGUGGGUCUCCUUGACUAUUAUCUCAUGGAUGCAGCAUCUCUCCUGCCCGUCCUGGCGCUUGACGUGCAGCCGGAUGACUUUGUCCUCGACCUCUGUGCGGCUCCGGGUGGCAAGACUCUGGCUCUGCUGCAGACUGGGCUUUGUGGGCAUCUGGCAGCCAACGACGUCUCCAUCUCCCGGACAAAGAGGCUGUACCAGAUUCUCCAAAGCUACGUCCCCAGGGAAGUCAGGGAAAACGUGAGCGUCACGUCCCAUGAUGGACGGGACUGGGGGCAGCUGGAAGGUGGCACUUUCCACAAGGUCCUGGUGGAUGUGCCCUGCACGACGGACAGGCACUCUGUCAUGGAGCAGGACAACAACAUCUUCCACAAGAGAAGGACCAAGGAGCGUCAGAUGUUGCCCAUGCUGCAGCUGCAGCUGCUGGUGGCUGGGAUCCUGGCCACCAGGCCGGGAGGAGAGGUGGUGUAUUCUACGUGCUCCAUCUCCCCACUGCAGAACGAGUACGUGAUCGAGAGAGCGGUAGAAGUCGCAGAAGCCCAGUAUGACAUCAGGGUCCACAUUGAGGACUUGAGCCAUUUCAGGACGCUCUUCCAGGACACGUUUUCCUUCUUCUCGGAUUGCCGGCUGGGGGAGCUUGUUCUGCCUCACCUCACAGCCAACUUUGGACCUAUGUACUUCUGCAAAUUGCGUCGGAUGUAGACGGGGUGACAGACUAUACCUGUGGGUAUACCCAAAUUUCCAGGGGAAGCAAAACCGCUUCAUAUUUAUUUUUCUUUUUUAAAAUGACCCAAAGGAGGUUGCUUUUUUUUACUGCAGAGAUAGAGAAUAAAUGAGAAAGACUUGCUGUGGAAUCUCCUGCAUA